AUGGAGGUUGAACAACAACAACAAGAACAACAAGAAGAGACUAUAUAUCAACUCGAAAAUGUACAACUAGUCAUAGAUACAACGUCAUUGGGUAGUGGUUCAUUGAUUAUUACCAAUAGAUUCGUAAAAUGGAAUAAUUCAACACAAUACUAUCGAUUCAGUUACUUUGAUCUUGGUUUGAACGCAAUUCUUUCUGCAACGCAAGAUACUCCUGCUUGUAUAUACAGUCAAUACGAUCAAAUCAUACAAUUACAUCAUGAUACUAAAAAUAACAACACAAAUGGAAAAGACGACAAUCAAGAAGAUGAAGAGGAGGAUGAAGAAGAAGAAGCUUCACAAUAUACAGAACUUAAAUUUAUUCCAUUCGAUACCACAAAAAUUCAAGAAAUAUACGAUGCCAUUUGUAAAGGUGAAUUAUUAAAUCCUGAUCCAGAAGAACAAGGUGAAGGAAAUUUCUAUUAUGGACAACCAUUGUCUGAUGAUGAUGAUGAUGAUGAAGACCAAGAAGAAGAAGAAUAUGAUGACCAAGAAAUGGAACAAGAUCAAUCUCAAUACAAAAAUGAUAAUGGUGAUGACGAUCAAUAA